AUUCGUCCUCCGUCGGAAUUAUCUUCCUUUUUUUUUUUUCUUUUCUUAAUCUUUUUUUUUUUCCCUCUCUCCUUUUACUGUCACAUAACAAUAUACAGACAUAUAUAUAUAUCUCCCUUUAUUAAAAUAUAAAUAAAGAAUGGAGGAAAAGAUCAACUUGACUGUUUAUCUUUCCAUUUUGAAACAACCCCUGUUUAUCUCUAUAACUCACUCUGAUUCUUUUCAAACAUUGGCUGAAGAACUUUGUCAACAAUACCACUUACCUCCUUAUUAUACCAUUCCUCUUCUUUCUUCAAUUACCUCAGCAUAUACUCAGGCUCUUCUCGUUAAUACUCCUUCUUCUACUUCUCCUAUAUCAUCAAAUGCUCGACAACGCUUUACUCAUGCUUAUCAAACCAACACACUUCAAUAUUACAAUAAAGACGAAGAGGAUGUCUUUCCUCGUGCCUUUUAUACUCUAGUCAAGUGUCCUAUAUCUUCCAUCUUUGAUGCUUUAUUGGAAUUGGAUCAAAAUUAUACUUUGAUGAUGAACGAACUUCUCUCUGAACAUCAUAAUGCUCUUGUUGUUAUGCAAACUAGACAGGCUCAAGAAAUGGAAGGACCUCAGUUACAGAAUCGAACUCAUUUAUUUGCUAAACACGUUGAGGAAAUGGAAAUUAUGCAGGCUACAUUCGCAUCUGAUGUCUUACAAACUCAAACUUCUCAACGUCAAUAUUAUCGCGACUUUGUCAUGGAAUUAUAUCGUGAAUAUCAAUUACGUACAGAUGUGACAAUACCUGACGAUGCAUCAUCAUUAUCGAAAUCAUCUGCAUCACUAGUGGACGGGAAAGAUUUGGUGGCUACAGCAGCCAGUCGAACUUGGAGAAAAGAACCAGAAUCAUCUUCUUCAUCGAUUUCGAGUACAACAACGACAACAACUGGAAGACAGCGUCAAAAUUCAACCACUAGUUUUACAAGUCGACUUUCUCAACAAUCUUUCUCUAGUGAAUCUUGGAAACGUACUUCAAUGGGACCAGAAGAUCUAGCUAGACAGAAAACCAUCCAAGAUAUACAAGAAAUGGGGUUUACAAAAGAACAAGCUGAAGCUGCCAUUACUUUGACAAAUGGUCUCAAUCUAGAAAGGGCUAUCAAUCUCUUAGUGGAGUCACCUCAUCAAAUAGAACAACAAAUGCAACAACAACAUCAGAACAAAAAAAGAUCAGCUUCUUUUACUUCUAUUAGCAAUCAUCCUAGUUCAACCUCUUCUACUUCAUCCUUACAUCAACGCCAGGAUUCUUGGAAUGAUACAAAACCUAACUUCCGUCGUCAUUCUUUACAAAAACCACCAGGUUCAUCAUCGUCAUCUUCUUCUUUACAACAAACAACAAAACAAUUAUCUUCCAUCUCAUCCUCCAACGCUGGGAAAAGUUGGAAUCCAAUCUCAUUUUUACAACAACAAAAACAAGCCAUGGAAAAUACAAAUCUUAGCUCUGUUCGGAAACUAGGUGGAUGGCUGGGCAAGGCAAUGGAGAAUUUAGGAAUUGAACAUGAUGAAAAUGACUCACCAUUUGGGAAUACGCAUGGUGGAAAUACAUCACAGUUGGUGGAAUCAUUCACAAUCACUCUGGGAACAGCACAAAUCAAAACAAGUCAUAAUCUACGACUCAUGGUGGCAGAUGUAGCUGCAGAUUUGAUGGACCCUUUACCUUUUGAUGAACAACGAGAAUUAGGCUACAAAGCACAGACAGCAAUGCGUUUAUAUACAAGUCAACUAUCAGCCAUGGUGGUUUUGGUGGAAAAGAAGGAAUUGAUCCAGCGUACUGGGGAACUUGACGAACAAACAUUGGAUUGGCGACUUUACAAAACAGGAAAAGGGAGCAAUCAUGCUUUAUUCGAACGCACUGGACGGUCGACCGAAUUUCAUUUCCCAACUCUCGAAUCUCAACUGGACAUCAUUGAAAACGACCUACAACAACGACCAGAAUUAAUUGAAGAAGGUACCUACUUUAUUACCAAGCAUUCCAAUCUGCCGUUACAUCAAAUAGUAUUCCAUUUGAUCAUUGAUGGUGAUGCUAUUCCAAACACGGAUUUAUCUAGUCGACAUCCACUGAUGAUUGGACUUCGAAAUAUCUUACGAUUGACUAGUCGCUAUGAUGUUAAUUCCUUAUCUUUACCAUUAAUCAUGUUACCUGACAGAUACUUGGAUCAACCUGAACACUAUAUGCCGGCUACAAUGGAUCAACCUCCUCAAAUUCAUACAAACUGGUUAUCAAAACGAAGCGAAACUCUCAUGAAGACAGUCAAGGGAUAUCUGAUGGAAGCCUCUAGAGGAAAACAAUCAAAUCACAAUGAAAUGCAUCAACGAGCUGACAGUAGUGCAUUUGGAGGUUCUGGUUUACGCAAUAUCGAAUUCUUCAUUCCAAUGCAACAAAGUGUUUAUGUAGCUGAUCCUCUCACCACUCCUACUACGUCAAUAAUGCCAAUAACAACAACGCAAUCAAUAACUGCAACAACAUCAUUGCCCACUUCGCCAACCAAUAUGCAUACUCCACCAUUUCCUCCUCCUCAUUCAUCAUCAUCAUCAUCCAUUGCCUCCUUGUCCAUCAACAGCAAUAAUAACAACAAUAACACAAGCACUGCAACAACCAACAUAUCUAUGCAUUCAUUUGGAAAUGGUGCCACCAUCCAUACAAAUAACAACAUGAUGACAAAUGCUGGUUCUUCUUCAUCUUCUUUACCAUCCACACCUACCGGGACUCAUUAUCCUCACUAUACAAGAAUGCCGACACCUCAGGUGGAACAAGUGUUUCAACAGUUACGUACUUUACUUGUCAAUAUAUUUAGAACUAGUUGAUCUAGAAGUUUAAAAUGACACUUUUUUUAUUAUUAUUUAUUAUUUACAAAAUAAAAGAGGGAGUGUUGAACACGCGGAAAAAGAAAAA